AUGCCAACGACCGUGGAUGCAUCGAAGCUGCCGCCGCCGCUGCCGCCGCCGCCCUGGCCCACCGCCGCCGCCGCGGCGCUACUGCCCUGCGGCCCCCCACGUCCCCCCUGCCAGCCCGCGACCUCCUGGCGGGGACCCUCCUGGCGGGGGGACUUGGACUUCUACGGAGGAAGCACAUGUGGCUCACACAGCCCCCUUGGCUCGUCCAGGGCGGGUGGGCCCCCGGGAGUGGCGCCGAGGGCAGCGGGGGAACCCCGUGGGCCGGCGGCAGCGAGCCGUACGACCGCAGUAGCAUCCGAUGCGGCGGCUGCCGCGGAGCAGCAGCAGGAGCAGCUAAAGCAGUGGCGGCAGCAGGGGGGGGUAUCGUCAGGCGGCCCUUCAGCAUUGGAAGGGAGGCGCCCAGGGGAGGGGUGCGUCAGCCGCAGUAGCCCCAGCUCCAGCCCCACGCUCGGGAGAGCGCUACGUCCGUCUCCUCCGCCGCCUCCUCUUCCGCUGCUUCCACCUCCACCUCCGCCCCCUGGGGCUCCAGGCGAGCUGGAGGACUACGUGGCGGAGCUGGGGGGGGACAAACCCAUCUACAGGGGUCACGCGUCGGAGAACCCGGAGCUGCCCGCCGCCCUGACGGCUCACGAUAUUCGGUUCCUGGGGCCCCCCCCGGGACCCAUGGCGGCUCUGGGGGAUAAGAUCGGAUCCACGUUGUUGGCUCAGGCAGCCGGUGUGCCCACCCUCCCCUGGAGCGGCAGCCACGUCACCGUGUCCGUGUCGGAGUGCAGCGGCGGAAUCAUCCCCCCCGCGGUCUACUCGGCCGCCUGCCUCCCCGUGGAGGACCUGGAGGCGGCUGUGGCGGCGUGUAGGGAGGUGGGGUACCCGGUGAUGCUGAAGGCCUCGUGGGGAGGAGGUGGAAAGGGAAUUCGCAAGGUGUCCUCGGACGAGGAGGUUCGCUCCGUGUUCAAGCAGGUCGCGGGGGAGGUGCCCGGCUCCCCCAUAUUCGCAAUGAAGCUCGCACCCGCCAGCAGGCACUUGGAGGUCCAGCUGCUGUGUGACAUGCACGGAAAUGUGGUCAGCUUGUUCGGCCGUGACUGUUCCGUACAGCGGCGCCAUCAGAAGAUUGUGGAGGAAGGUCCUGUCACUGCCGCGCCGGAGCACAUUCUUCGGGACAUGGAACGGUGCGCUCGAGCCCUGGCCCGCCUGGUGGGCUACGUUGGCGCCGCAACAGUGGAGUACUUGUACUGCAUUGACGAGCAAAAGUACUACUUCCUGGAGCUGAACCCGCGGCUGCAGGUGGAGCAUCCCGUGACGGAGGGCAUCACUGGAGUCAACUUGCCCGCGUGCCAGCUGCUCAUCGGCAUGGGGGUGCCGUUGACACGCAUUCCGUACAUUCGGUCACUGUACGGCAAGGACCCAAAGUCUUCGGAGCCGUUUGACCCGGAGACAAGCCCGCAGCGCCCGCCGGACGGACACGUGGUUGCCGUACGAAUUACGGCAGAGGACGCCGCGGACGGGUUUAAGCCCACUGCGGGCCGUAUUGACGAGCUGCACUUCCGUCCCACCCCCGAUUUCGGUCACUUAUUCGCCAGGGGUGACACCCGCGAGGCGGCCCUCCGCGCCAUGUCGGCCUCCCUGCGUGACGGAGUGGUGGUGCGGGGGGAGAUCCGCAACACCACGGACUACGUGCUGGACCUGAUCGCGUCGCCCGAGCUCACCAACAACCUCAUACACACCGGCUGGCUGGACUCCCGCAUUGCCGCGAGAGUGAAGCCGGGGCGCCCGCCGUGGCACAUCGCCGUGAUUGCGGGAGCGGUUGUCAAGUCCUCGGCAGCAGUAGCCUCCGCCAGCUCCGAGUACCUGGGCUACCUGGCCAAGGGUCAGCUACCGCCCCCGGGCAUCAGCCUCACACACAUGGAGCACACCAUGGUUAUUGAGGGGUUCAAGUACGGCGUGACUCUGGUCCGCCGGGGCCCGGGUCGUGCGGCGGUGCAGCUGAACGGGAGCUCUGUGGCGGUCGCGUACCGCAAGAUGGGGGAUGGGGGAUUCCUAAUGCAGACCUGUUAUUCCAACCUUCAACACGGCGACUUGGCGGACAGAGCCUUCAGCGAUCAAUUGCAGGCUAUGCCAAUGUGCCAGAUCGCAAGAGGCUGCUCCACGCAAUGCUCAUGUAGACAUACCUCAGCUCAACCUAUCAUCAAAUACGCAUUUGCAGUUGACGGCGAGGCGCACGUCAUCCACUACGAGGACGAGGCGGCGGGCACCCGGCUGCUCAUCAACGGCCUCACGGUGCUGCUGGCGGCGGAGGUGGACCCCUCCAGGCUCACAGCCUCGUCACCCGGGAAGAUCAUGCGCCGGCUCAUGCCGUCGGGGACGCGCGUGGAGCGGGACCAGCCCUACGGAGAGAUGGAGGCCAUGAAGAUGGUGAUGCCGCUCCUGUCCCCCGCCGCGGGGGUCAUCCGCUGGGUGGCGCCGGAGGGGGGGGUGGUGGCGGCGGGAGAGCUCAUUGCCUCCCUGGAACUGGACGAGGGAGCGGCGGUGGCGGCUCCGGAACCAUACCCCGGCACGUUUCCGGAGCUAGGACCCCCGCAGAUCAUGUCGAAUCGCGUAGAUGCCGUACUGGCGAAUGCCGUGGAGUCGGCACGGUCACUGCUGGCCGGUUACGUGGUGCCGCAUGAGCAGGUGGUGGAGGACCUGGUGACCUGCCUGGACAGCCCCUCGCUGGCGCUGUUGCAGUGGACGGCGGAGUUCGCGGUGGUGCGGGGCCGGAUGCCGGGAGCACUGGCGGCGGCGCUGGAGGCGGCGGUGGCGCCGCACUCGGCGGAGGUGCAGGCGGCGGUGGAGGCGGCGGAGGCGGCCGCAAUCGUGGCGGAGGGAGACGAGGACGGUGACGGAGCCGCCGCCGCCGCUGGCGGCGGCGGCGGUGGUACGGGGGAUGGUGGAAAUGGGACGGCGGCGGCGGCAGCGGAAGCUCUGGCGUCGCCCCGUGGUGGUGGUGGCGGCGGUGGUGGCGGUGGCGGAGGUAGAACUCAGCCGUUUUUGCAUGUGGGCGACUUCCCUGCGGCGGCGGUGGCGGAGGUGAUGGAGCGGGCUAUGCAGGAGGCGCCCGCGGCGGAUCGUGCGGCUUUGGCCACAGCCCUGGAGCCGCUACUGCGCCUGGCGAAGGCCCACGCGGGGGGCCGCCAGGCCUACGCCCGUUCCGUGGUGAGCGACCUGCUGGAGGCGUUCCUGUCGGUGGAGGAGGCGUUCAGUGCGGCGCGGCGGGAUGCGGGCGACCCGGGGGUCACCACGGACCAGGAGGCCAUUGACGCGCUCCGGAAGCAGCAUGCUGGGAAGCUGUCCGUGGUGCUGGACCUGGUGCUGAGUCACCAGGGUCUCCCCCUGAAGAGCAAGCUGGUGCUGGGCCUUAUGGCCCGUCUGGUGCUACCCGCCCCCGCCCAAUACCGGCCCCUGCUGAGGAGUGUGCACGUGGUUCCGGGUCUUGAAGACCAGAUCGACCGGCUGGUUGGCGCCCCGGCUGCGGUGGAGGACGCUCUGGCGGGUCUGGUGGUGGAUGCCACGGGGGCACACGCGCUGCUGCGCCGCCGGGCCGCCCUCACCUACAUCAAGCGCCUCUACGCGCCCUUCCUGCUUAGAGAGCCCGUCAUGCAGGGGGCGCCGGAGGGUGUCCAUCUGGCGGUUUGGUUGUACGACGAUCCCGCCGCCGCCAACACCCCUGCACCCAGACAGCGAAUGGGUGCCUUCCUCCUUCUGGACCGCCUGGCGGUGCUGCCCGCCGGCGUGACGGCGCUGUCUGCCGUACUCAACAAGUUGCGCGACGACGCCGGCGGCGCCGCGGGUGUCGGCACGCUACAUGUGGCGAUCUCGGCCGUUAGCGGCGGCGCCAGCAACGGGGUUGGCGGCGCGCCUCGCCACAGCCGUACGCCGUCGCCUCCGGGCCCGAUAUGUCUCAGUACGGACAGCGGCACCGCAGGCGGCGCCGCCGCGCUGGAUGCGUUAUUGCCGCCGGCGGAGCAGGGCGUAGAGCUGAGCCGCGCUACCGCCGCCGCCGUGGCGGCGGCGGUGGCAGCGGUGGCGGCGACGCUGCGCCGACUGGGCUUCGGCGCUGUCAGCUUCCUUGCGCCAGGCACCACUGCCUGCCCGCUGCGCCUCGGCUGGCGCUGGAUCCCUGCCUCCGCCGCCAGUACGGCAGACAGUACUUCAGCGCCUGUGGGGGCGGACAAUGGCGCAUUCCAGCCAGACACCUUCAUGUCCGCCGUCGAGCCUGUGACGGCGACGCUGCUGGAGCUGUCCAGCCUUAGUGCCGCCGCCGGAGGCGGCAGCGCCGCCGCCGCCGCCACAGCUGCAGGCGGCGGCAGUGGUUUGAUGUACCGUCCUAGCCGCAACCGUCAAUGGCACCUGUACACGGCGGUAGAGCGGCGCGACGCCAGGUCGGCGCCGCUGCGGCGGCUGUUCGUGAGGGGCCUAGUGCGCAGUCUGGGCCAUCCGGCGCUGCUGGCGGCGAGCUACAGCGGUAACGGCGACGCGGUGGCGUCGGCGGCGAUGCAAGAGCUGGAGGAGUCGCUGACCAACUGCUUGGACGAGCUGCAGCGCGCCGCACCCGCCACGUCAGCGGCCGCCGCCGCCGACGCGGCCGCUGCCGCGGCCGCGGCCGCUCGUCCCGACUGGACGCACCUGUUCCUUUCCGUACUGCCGCCGCUGCCGCUGCCCCCUGGCGGCCGCGACGACGCCAAGGUGGCGGCGGCGCUGCGCUCGGCGGCGGCGGCGCUGGUUGCUCGCCACGGCGGCGCGCUACGCCAGGCGGCGGUCUCUGUGUGGGAGACGCGACUGCGCGGUCCACUCCGGGAGGGGGCCUGGCGUGUGGUGGUGUCCAUGCCUACGGGUCAUGAGCAAGGCGAGGAGCACGUGGAGGUGUACCGCGAGGUUCUCCAGCUGCAGUACGAGCAGUACAAACAGAAUCAACAGCAGCUUGCUCAGGAGCAGCGAAGGCAACUGCAAUCGCCGUCGUCGACGUCGAUGUCGACGGCAGCGACAGCGGCUGGCGCCACGGUCGCCGCUGCUACUGCGCCGCAGCCGCCGCUGCGUGUAUACGUCCCCGCGGCGCUGUACCCUGUCGUGCUCACGCAGGCUAGCGGUGCCGACGGCGCACUGACGGGUCCCGGCCGCCACUCCCAUCACGUGCCCUUCCACGUGCACGUGCAAGCACACCAUCCUGCCGUACACCAUGGUCGUACACUCCCUUACUUCGCCCCACACAGCUACCUCCUGCACCCGCGGGGUGUCAGCGGUGGCGGCGGUGGUUUAGCGGCCUCGUACGACACGGCCGUCUCCGCCGCCUCUGCCGCCGCCGCCGCAGCUGCCGCCAGUGGUGGCGGCGCGCUGGCGGGGAUGGUGGUGGGUUCUCCGUACCCUCCCCUGGAGCCGCUGCAGCAGAAGCGGCUGGCGGCGCGGCGGCACAACGUGACGUACGUGUACGACUUUCCGGCGGUGUUUGAGGCGGCGUUGCGGGAUCUGUGGGCCGCCCGCGCGGCGGCGGGUGAGCCAAAGUCCUCCCCCCCCUCCGGUCGCCUGGUGGAGGCCGUGGAGCUGGUGCUGCCCCCGCAGGCCGCUCCGGGCGCCCCGGGGGGUGCGGGGCCGUGCGCGGACUUCCGUAACCCGCCCCGCCUGCGGAGAGCCCCCCCGGGCCGCCCCGCCAUAGGGGGGAAUGACUGCGGUAUGGUGGUGUGGCAGCUGACGUUGCACAGCCCGGAGUGCUCGCAGGGUCGCUCCGUCAUCGCGGUGGCCAACGACAUCACGUGGGGCAGCGGCUCCUUCAGCCCCGCGGAGGACGCGGUGUUCCGGGCGGCCGUGGAGACCUCCCUGGAGGAGAGGCUGCCGCUGCUGUACCUGGCGGCCAAUGCGGGAGCCAGGGUCCGAGACUGCCUGCAGGUGCAGUGGCGGGACCCCUCCCAACCCGAGCUGGGGUGGGAGUACCUGUACCUCAGCGAGGGCGACUACGGGCGGCUGCUGGCGGAGACACCGCCGGGGGCACCGCCGGUACUGCGGGCUGAGGGCUACACGGUGACGCUGGUUUCGGGGCGCACUGUGGGUAUUGGCGCCUACCUUGCUCGCCUGGGUCGCCGCUGCGUGCAGCGGGCGGAUCAGCCCAUUGUGUUGACCGGGUAUGCGGCGCUGAAUAAGCUGCUGGGGAGGCAGGUAUACACCAGCCACAUGCAGCUGGGGGGUCCGCGGGUUAUGGGGGUGAAUGGAGUGUCGCAUCACGUGGUGGCAGAUGACCUGGAGGGGGUCCGUACUGUACUGCAACUGCUGUCGUACGCACCGACCCAACUGGGCGCCCCGCCUCCUGAGCUGGCUACAGCCGACCCCGUCACCCGCCUCAUUGGCUACAGCCCGGGGCCCGGGGAGAAGCUGGACCCCCGGGCGGCCAUCGCGGGUCGCGAGGCGCCCCGACCUGCUCCCCCCUCCUCCGCCGCCUCCUGGUUAGAGAGCCAGGCGGGCUGGGCUCGUACGGUGGUGACGGGCCGAGCUCGUUUGGGCGGCUUGGCGGUGGGGGUGAUAGCGGUGGAGAGCCAGACGGUUGUACGGCAGCAACCGGCGGACCCGGGUAUGCCGGACUCGUGCGAGAGCGUUAUUCCGCAGGCCGGGCAGGCCGGCAGUCUCAUAGUCGAGCGACUGCGCACCUACCGCCACCCGGUCUUUGUGUACAUACCUGCCGGGGCUGAGCUCAGGGGGGGUGCCUGGGUGGUGGUGGACAGUCAGAUCAAUGCGGCCGCGGUGGAGGUGUUCGCGGACCCCUCAGCGCGGGGGGGUGUGCUGGAGCCGGAGGGUGUGUGCGAGAUCAAGUUCCGUACACCCGACCUGAUCAAGAUGAUGCACCGCGCCGCUGCCGCGGCGCUGACACCGGCGGCGCCGGGUGCCGAUGCCGCCGCCGCGUCAGCAGCCUCCCUGGAGGCUGCUGCGGAGGCUGCUGCAGCUCGCCUGGCGGAGUGCGGUGGUGAUGGUGGUGGUGGAGCUGAGGAAUGCGCUGCUCUCGACCGGGCCUUUGUUGAGUGGGCUGAGAGCCGUGCAGGUCGGGACCUGGUGGCGGCGGAGCUGAGGUCCAUGAGGCGGAGUGUGGCGGCGGAUAUGGUCACGCAGGUGGUGGUGGAGGAGGUGGAGGUGGUGGUGGAGGAGGUGGAGGUUCUGGGCACCGAGGACGGCAAGGACGGGCUGCUCCACGCGCUGCAGGCGGCCUGUCUGCGGGACGUCACUCUGGCCAUGCAGUUGAGGUUGCUGCUUCAGUCCUUGGCUGGGGGCGGCGGCGGCGGCGGCGGCGCUGGCGGCGGCAGUGGUGGUGUCCUGCAGCAGGCGAUCGGCCACACCUACCCGCACACGCUCUUUGGCUCCCACCUUGGCUGUUAACGCCCCUUGCUAAUGCCCCUCUGAGGCCCCUCUCGCGCUCCCCCCCCUCCCCUCCCUCCAAUUAGCUUAGCGCUCCCCCCCUCCCCUCCCUCCAAUUAGCUUAGCGCUCCCCCCCUUGGAGCCCAUGUCUUCGCUUUCACGUGCCGAGCUUUUGAAGG